CUUACUUGCUAAAACGCAUGCGAGGCAAGCGACUUUCACACUUAAGUGUUCAAAUAAAUAAAUAAAAAAAAACCCAAAUAAAAACGCGCGACUAAACCACCCCAUCAAAUCAACUCGAAAAUUGCAACUUUUCAAAACUCAAAGCGGAUCGCCAACGGAAAGCCACCAGUUGGGAAGCGAUGCUUUAUAAUCUAGUUUCUUUUUAUUUUGCAUUUUAGGCGGGGACCUGGCACGCUUGGUCGCAUCGUUCUCUCCUGCAUAACGGAAAACCAUGCGGACAAGCAUCGUGCUUCUUGCCCUGAUCUGGUUCAUGGUGGAUGUGGACGGUGCUGUACUCAAAAGGCAGCAGACGGGAAUAGAAAGGAAUGCACCUUGCGGGAACGGAAUUGGAACUUGCGCAGAAGGAUUGUGUUGCUCGGAAUGGGGGUGGUGUGGUUCUACAAUCGAUCAUUGUUCCGGAAACUGUCAACCUUCUUUCGGUACGUGCUACGGCCAGAGUCCCACACCUAUCGCUCAAGCCAACGAAAACUGCGGACCGGGAAAAGCGACAUGCGGUGGAGGGCUCUGCUGCAGUCAAUACGGUAGCUGUGGUCCCUUCGAUGCAGAUCCAGUUCGUGCGUCCUAUUGUGGAAUUGGGUGCCAGGUCGGUUUUGGAGUAUGCGAUAGCGAGACUCCUCCUACGAUUCGGAACCUGGAUCAGUCCUGCGGGAAUGGGAUUGGAAGUUGUGGAUUCGGGGCAUGUUGCAGUGCAAACGGGGAAUGCGGAUACACGUCCGAUCACUGUGCAGACGGAUGCCAAUCUGGAUUUGGCAAUUGCAAUAAUCCACCCGCCACGCCCAUCUUUACCUGUUCCAAACCGAACGGCUUUCUUCUCACCUACGAUGAUGGCCCUGCAGUCCUCACUGACGGCCUAUUGGAUUACCUAAAAUCCAAAAAUGCAAAGGCAACCUUUUUCAUGAACGGCAAAAACUACAAGCAAUACUUUAGUAACGGCAAUCUGAACACUCCCUUUGGUAUUCUGGCUCUAGCAUCCACUGUUCAGCGCGCUGCAAAUGACGGCCAUCAACUCUGUAUGCAUGGCUUCACGCACACAGAUGCCAUCACCGCCAGCGAGCGCAACUUUACCUACGAAAUCACAGAAACAACUCGCGUCUUUGCACAAGCUCUAGGUCGAGUUCCUACCUGCUUUCGAUUUCCAUAUGGCGAUUUCGAAGACAAACAUUUGAGAAUUCUCGGAGGAAUGGGAAUUACGCCCAUCUUGUGGGAUGCGGAUCCAAGAGAUUGGGAAAAUGGGGAUCCACAGGGCGGACUGACGGAAUUGCAGAACACUGCGCCAAAUCCAGGGAGUGUGUCCCAUAUCGUUUUGAACCAUGAUGUGGUGAAUAAUACAGCCGACUUUCGUCCCACUCGUGCUGUACCUAAAAACCUCGCAGAACUGUCUGUUGAGUACCUCCAAUCCAAAAACUUUCAGUUCCUAACAGCGGCAGACUGCGUCGGCGACGGUCAAACACCCUUGUAUAGAAAUCCCACCCCAAAUGAUUUGGUCUGUAGACCGGAGGGAUGCUUUGAGAAUUAAUGUCGAAUCGACUUGCGGAGAUGCUUUUGAGCAUCUGUUAUGGUUGGGGCAUGUAUAGGUCCCCUGGUUUUGGUCACGAGAAAUGCGAUGCGUCCAUGGCGAUGCGGCUGCAACCUCCAGCAAAUGUGCUUGUAAAUGAUCACACAAGGAGCAAGCUGGCAGUAGAUAGAUAAUACACACAAGAUUUAUUUGCAAUGGGUUUGAACGCACCCAGAUUUACAAUAAAGAUAUACAGUUUGAGCAUACUGCC